GCUAUUAAAGAGCUAGAAUGUAUAGAGAACCCAGUGGGAUGUUCUGAGAGAACCCCUAUGCAAUCAGUGGAUGUGUUGACGGUGGGUUGCCCUAAGAGAACCCCUCAAGAGAUAGAACUGAGAACACAGUGGUACUCUGAGAGAACGCCAUACGAUGCUCUUAGAGAACGCAAUAAUGAGAACCCAAAUGUUGUUUGGAGAAACAAAAGCCAUUAUUACACUGCUUACGAUGUUGGUUGAACAAAAUUUCGAUACUGGAAAUAAUUAAAGUGCCCUGUUUUUCUUUUCGGUUUGUUGCGACUAAAGCACGCACAAAAUUAUUUUCGGGAUCAGAUUAGCGCAGAAUGAUUUUGGCGUUGGAGGCCUCGAGUGCGUGCCGGACGUACAUGUGCGGGUUUGUGCCAUGUUCCACACAAUGUCGGGUCGCACUUGUUUAUACCAGAGGGCGCUAGGCGUUGUGGCAAGAGUCAGUUCUCAGAGCACAGGCUGGGCUAGAGCUAGAGCUAGAGCUGUACACUAAAAAUGAUGCUUAUAAUGGACGCACUGGUGCGUUGCCGUUGGACACAGGAGAGCCAGCUACCACGAUUCUGUUUGUAAAUCUAUCCCCAUUUUGUGCUACCGGUGUAUUUUCCGUCAUGGCGGAAUCUCACAGCUUUACGGGACUGUCUUCCUUCGUGAAAAGAUACCACGGACAUUUCAUGGUGAUCAUCGUGUUCUUGCAGUUGUUCACAGCGACUGGGCCUGCCUACACUUACAGCAUUCUCUUCGUUAGUGUUCAGGAGGAAUUUGCUGCCGGGGCGGCAUUAACGGUGCACAUUUUCCACUCAUUCAUGAAGACGGGAAAACGCCUUUGUUUAAACUGGUGGGUAGGAUCACUUGCCAGCGCUUUGAUUUUUUGUAGCCCGAUAUCUCCCGUGCUCAUCAAGCGAUUGGGUCCCAGGGUGGUGGCCAUGCUAGGAGCCACACUGCUGACCUGCGGACUAGUUGCAACAUCAUUCGUGCCUGCUCUGGCCUACGCCUUCCUGACGUUCGGAAUACUUGUAGGUGUCGGCGGGAAUUUUAUAUAUCAGUCUGGAGUCAAGGUUAUAUUAGAUUGGUAUCCGAGAGACAACUGCUCCAGGGCUACAGCUGGGGCGGUGCUGGGCACAUCUGUGGGUAUUUUGGCGUUUGCUCCGCUCCUCAAUGCACUUAUUGCGACAUACGGAUGGCGAAAUGCUCUGCGGAUAAUUGGCGGCAUAACUUUCGUCUUAAGUGCAGCCUGCGGUGCGUUCAUCGCUAGCCCGACCGAAGAGAAAACGCGAGAGAAUGGAGUCGAAGAGGGGAAGGAUGCUUCCACUGACGCAGCUAGCGAGGUCGUUGCCAAUAACAGUACCGAGGGAGCGACAUUCCAACGUACACUCGCCAGGGUCCUGCUUCGAGCAGACACGUGGCUUUGGCUCAUUGGAUUUAUGUUGAGCAAUCUUGGUUGGACAUUCUUCAUCAUUAAUUAUGCAAGCUUCACUGAGUACGAUCGCGGAUUCACCCCUGACCAGGUUACCGUAUCCGUGGUCUUGGCGGCAGUUGGUGAAAUCCUUGGCAAGUUGUUGUUCUCGAUCUUCGGCGAUCGUCUGCCGUGUCUCAAGAUCUACGCCGUGGCCGUUACGGGCAUACUGGGAGCUGUCGCAUCUGGCCUGGUGACUGUAUUGUACAACGUGACGGCUGUGUACACGUUUUCAUUUCUCUUGGGACCUGUUCGCGGUGUGUCGUAUGUAUCUCCGUACCCGGCAGCGAUGGAGAUAUUCGGAGACUUCGGAUCUGAUCUAGUCACUGUGUUACUGCUUGUGCCGAUCGGCAUCGGGUUAUUUAUUGGUGGUCCACUGACAGGUGGUCUUUUUGACUUGACGGGAGACUACACGCUAAGCCUGAUCAUUGUUGCAGCCAUACUUGUAUGUUCAACAGUCAGCUUGAUGAUCAUACCUUUAAAGAAGCAGCUUGAAACCAGACGAGUUGCGCGAAAUUUACAUCGCGCAUCGGUAGACGACUUCAAGAUUCCCGCUGAAAAUCCGGUCGCUGGCGAAUCCCUAGAACUUUAGAUGGAUCAAAUCCCACGACCACACGACCUUUGUUGUGGGCAAAGCCUUGGGAAAACUCGCAAUAUAACUUUUAUGGACAGAAUAUUUUUUUGAAAUCAACCCUUUAUUCAAAAGUUCGUCCAGAUAACAAGGCCUUAAGUAACAGAUUUGUACCAGAAUUAUUAUUUUUGUAUCCCUCUCAGGGCCCGGCCCGGGGUGUUUUGGGUCUUUUGAGGACCGGGGCACAUAUUGUGCAUUUGUUUAAAUGUAAAUGCUUACACGUUUGGAACUAACAUUUUUGGGUUAAUGUUCAUCGAAUCAUACAUUUUUCUUUGACAUUCAAAGACACAGCUAGAGGGUGCUAUACUUACAUUUUAGGGGCUAUAUAUUAAUUUUUCUCAAAAAAUUUAAUUGUUUUCCCCAACCAAAACUGGCACAAAUGAACAACGGAAAUCUUCUUAAUGCUUUAAAUUGUUUUCAUGCAACAACUCAGGCGCGGUUCUAGAACCAAUA